AGAAAAAAAAAGUUAACCAGAAGGCGUAACGACACAGAGAAUGAGUAUGCCGCCGGUAUUCCUCCUGCUCUGCUUCUUCUCUGUUCUCAAUCUCUCGGCGGCGCAGACUCCGAUCCCGGCCAAAUACGACGGAUUCGUCUACGGCGGCGGAUCGCUGUGGAAAGGCUUAGUCAUUAUAGAGGCUUUUCUCGACCCGAUGUGCCCAGAUAGCAGAGAUUCUUGGCCUUCCCUGAAGCAAGCCCUAGAAUUCUAUUACCCUCGUGUUUCUCUCGCCGUGCAUCCUUUUGCUCUCCCGUAUCACAGCAAUGCCUUUGCAUCGUGCCGUGCACUUCAUAUUGCACACAAUCUAAAUGCUUCCUCAACUUAUCCGUUGCUUGAGCUCUUCUUCAAACACCAGGAGAGUUACUACAACGCACCAACUUAUUAUAGAUCAAGAGCUUUUAUAACCGAUCAGUUCUCUAAGAUUGCUGCGGAAGCUGUGGGUAAGGGAUCAUACUCUGCAAUCAAGUCUGGCUUCAAUGAUUCACGAACUGAUAUGGCAACAAGAAUAUCCUUCAAGUAUGGCUGUUCAAGGGGAGUGAUGGGCACACCUUAUUUCUUCGUUAAUGGCAUCCCAUUACCAGACUAUGGCUCUGCUCUUGACUUCAAGAAGUGGAAGAGUAUUAUCAAUCCCCUCUUAACAGUGAAGAAAUGAUUGCUUUGGUGAGGGAAGUCCUCUUAUUCUUGCCUGCAGCCUUGCUAUUUUUUUUUUUUCCAAAAUUUCAAAGUGAAAUUUCUCAUGUAUUAUGUGUCAUGGUCAUUAAGGGAAUGAAGCAUUCCUCAUGCAGAUUUUGAAACUUUUUUUUUGCUUUUAUCAUAUAAUC